AUGGCUGAAGAUGGUUCUCAGCCUCAAGCUCUGCGCCCUGAGCUGCGGCUCCCUCCUGUCGCGGAGAAGUUAUUGCCCGCAAAAUGCAAGCCAGGCACGCUGACCUACUGUCCCACGAUGGACCUCAUUGCCUUGGUGACCGAAGACGACGAAUUAAGUGUCUUCCGUCUCAACGGGCAAAAGGUCGUGGGGGGCUCGUUCAAAGGGGACCCGUAUUUGGAUGAAGAUGACGGCCGUGGUGAAAUUCGGGCCUUGACGUGGAAAAACAAUGGAUACUUGCUUGCUGUUGCGUGCGCGGAUAAUACCAUUCGCGUCAUCAGCUCUUACAGUGGUAAAACUGUCCACCACUACCCUGCAUAUCGACCCCCCGGGGAUUCCCCUCAGCCUAUCAAGGUCACCUGCUUAGGAUGGGGGGUGAACUUCACCGAUAGUAAAUCAGCACAGAGGAACCUACAAGAGGCCGCUGGGCAUAUCACCAUUGAGGAUCUUCUCGCUCCUAACGUCCAUCCCUCGAAAGCGGCUGCCGUACUAAGGGUGGACUUGCCGAGGGAGCUCGCACUGCUGGACAUUGAAACUUCACUACCCAAGCUCAGCACUCUGCCAGCUACUGGUGGCGACGACGAUGUCUUCAGCUCUCGAUCAUCUCUCGAUGCCAUGUUCCACUCCGCUGCUAAGAAUACCAGUGACGCGGUAGAUGUUCUGCUUGUCGGGUCCGAUAAUGGCACCGUCCAUCUGCGUAUCUUUGAUUGUUUUGAAAUCGGCUCCUUUGAGGUUGGCGCGUCUGUUGAGAACUCGAAAUCGUGCCAGAUCUUCAAACAUGCAUCGCAUCCGUUGUGUUCGACACAUGCACUGUUAGCUUCGACCCCUUCCGCAGAGGAUGCCUCGAACUCUUUGCAUCUAAUCACUUUGGAUCUUCGGUUCAUUACACGAUCUGGAAGAUAUCUCUCCCUUCUAGCGUACAAGACGACACAGCUUCAAAACUUGCUCCGCUAUAUUGGCCAAGUGCAGAGGCAAAUCGAGCUGGAGUGGAAAAAUGCCCAAGAGCUGCCAGCACGGUACAUGCGAAGCAUCAACGAAGAUCUGCAGGAAAAGUGCCAUUGCGAUUUUGUCACAGCUGCUUAUCAUCUAGUGGUAACCGGGGACUGCUUUGCGCCUCUCAAGGAAUUUUUAGUUGAUAUUGUUGGAGAACGAGGGCAUAAACGGUGGGAGAAAGCCGUCGCAGGCGGCUACGAGAAUGUGCGACGCUUGAUUCACGAGUGUCUUCUUCCGGCAUUGGAACGUUGUCAAGUGCUGCUCAGUCGACUUAUUGGGCUUUCGAAAUUCCACAAAUUGAGCGAAGUUCUGGGUCUGGAAACAUCUGAUCUCAAUGCAAUUGUGGAGACGAUGGACUGUCUUCAAUUACUAUCUCACCAUAUUCUGAUACACAGCAACGAUGAAAUGUGCCAAUUUGAGUCCUUCUCCAAGUGGCUCCGUCAUGAGAUAGACAUGCAGGCCGCCGAGCCUAUGUCACAAACGCUUGAAGAGCUGAUGGAAAAGUCCGACAUGAUCGAGUAUCCACAAACCCUGAAAUAUAUCAGAGGAGCUCUCACCAAGAGCACACUUCGCCAUUAUAUCCAGCAGCUGCCGAUGAUGGGGAUGCCGAGACCGACGUCUUCCGCCUCCGACAAAUGGGCACCGACGGGUCAUGACCGGUCCUUUUACGACACGUUCAAGAAGCUACUUGAGCAGCAAAACCAGAACCCUGGCGACGUUGACACGGCGAAGCUACCCAAAAUCAAUGACCUGACGAAACGUCUAAAGCUGCAAUUCGACAAGGUCUUUGGGCAAAUUGCGUUGACGCAACGUAGGGGAAUCCUUCAUCGAUCACCCCUUUCUCUCGACCCCGAUUGCGAUCAGAAUGUCAUUGACAUGACAAUGCGCUACGAGGAUAUCGACAAUCAGAGUCUAUGUGUGAUCUAUGUGGCAACGAGAUCAAUCAACUCGAAGCACCUCAUGUAUAUGUACCGUCUGGUCCUUGAUUCUGCAAGUGGUGUCAGUUCCACACGCAACAUUUCCAUAGGAACCAUUGACCUGCAAGAGGGCCAGAUCCGACAGGUCCAGUUCGUGGAGGAUAAUACGCUCAUGGUCCUUUGGGCGGACAGUCGAGGAUCUUCUUCUCUUCUGAAUUUCGCUUUCCAGCCCAUACCGCCGGGAACAGCUGACGCGGCCUCCAUUUCGGCGUCGCCUCUUUUCAUCGAGUUUCACGAAUACCACGGACAACCACUCUCGCCUCGACCAGCCGGAAGUACGAUAGCACUGGAUCUUGUUUCUCUCGAAUCUCCUUCGGCCGACCUCGUCAAACAUGCAUUUUCCGUGUUCGGGCCCAAGGCCAAACCUGGCCGAAUCGACACCAACGGACGAAGCGGCCGGCGGGCCGUCUGCGUGCUGUACAAUGACGGCCUACGAUAUGAGGUCCUGGACCUGGACGCCGAAAUGGUCGACGAGGGAGAAGACAACGAGGACGACGAGGCUGGAAGCGAAUGA